UACACAACGUUCUCUGCGUUAGCGAGAAUUGCUCCGAAUGCAUACCGACGCAGUCGCAACGCGUUCAGGGCAGUGUCGUGUCCUUAGUUUUUAGAAAAAAAUCGCGAUACCAGAAUUCAUUUCACGAUGAACGAAAUAACACCCCCAGUUGUUGCGAGUGCCUCAAAUUCGGAAGUGAACACGGUCCUCGCGACUACCUGCGAGGAAGCAGUUACCAUCAAGCAAGAGCUCCAGUACACCCACGAUGAAAAUUUCGAAACCCAAUCUCCAGAAUCAGUGACGAGUGAUGUAAGAAUUGACAACGCAGACAUGUACUCUGCUCAGAAAGAAAGCUACAAUUUAAAAGACUGUUUCAUUCGUCUCGAAAAAUGUGACAAAAUCUGGGAAACGCUCAAGGUCAUAAAGAACCUCCAGCUCUCAGAUUGCAAGGAAAAGAGCACCGAGAAUUCCGAAGCUGCCUUGCAAGAUGCUGUGCCGAAUCAGCCAAAGCCUCCGACACCAGAACCAAUGCAGUACCAUCCGGUCCUCAAUAACGGAAAUGCCGCCUUGCCCAACUUCCAGUUCGCCAUCAAGAGCUGGAAACGCUUAUACACCUGUACCUAUUGCGGAAAGCAAUACACCGAGAACCGGAAUCUCAAACUGCACGUUUCAAAAGUUCAUGGCAUAGAUCCUGUCCCCAAAGAUGUUUCUCGACCCAAGGAUGCUCCUAAAGUUCCCCUUCCCACUGUUCUCAAAGUUCCUGUCCCUGUCGAAGCUCCACGUCCUCAAGAAAUUCCCCGUCCGAAAGAAAUUCCUCGUCUGAAAGAAAUUCCUCGUCUAAAGGAAAUUCCUCGUCUGAAAGAAAUUCCUCGCCUGAAGGAAAUUCCUCGUCCCAAAGAAAUUCCUCGUCCCAAGGAAGUUCCUCAACCGAAAGAAAUUAUUCGACCCAAGGACAUGGUUCGACACCAGGAAUUGGUACGGCAUCAGGAAAUGGUGCGGCACCAGGAAAUUAUAAGACAUCAGGAAAUGGUUCGACCGGAAAUGGUUCGUCCCAAGGAAGUUCCUCGUCCCCAGGAGGUAGCAGCUCGUCCCAAGGAGAUUCCGAAAGUGAAAACAGAUCCCCUAGUUUGUCAGACGUGUGGGAAAAAAUACGCGGAUGGCCGUUCAGUGGCUGGUCACUCUCUUCGCGUUCACGGUAUUUUAACCGAAUACCACGAGCGAUGGUUGGCUCAACAGGAAAAUCCGAAUGACUACACCGUUGAGGAUCUGCUGAAGAGACACGCCUGCAAUACUUGCGGCAAAAGAUACAGUUGCAUGAAAAGUUUGCGACUGCACUACUUGCGGGAGCACAAUGUCGUCAUUCCUCUGUUGCGAGCAGGUCGAAACGUCGGCUCGAUGGUUUCAGUACCGACGAACACAAUUACGCACUCGGGCGACAUGCUGAAGCACAUGAAUGUCUGCAACAUUUGCGGCAAGAAGUACACCAAAAACUGGUAUCUGCGCGUCCACUGUCUCGAGGUUCAUGGGAUCCCGAUGCCUUACGGCAAAGUCAAGGCCAACUUCACUCCCAAUCUGCGAGUGAUCAAGAAGGAGAUAGUCGAGGAGCCGGAAGCCGCGAAUUAUCCCCAAUCGGAGGAGCAGAAGUUCUCCUCGGUCGUGAAUUUUACAACAAGGACUCCUCAGAAUUGCGGGAUGACGGAGAACGGAAUGCCGGCGCGAGUUGUGAAGAUGUACCAGUGCAUGGCUUGCAAGAAGGAAUUUAUCUCGAUUUCGAAACUGCGGACGCACUCGUUCGCACGCCAUGGAAUCGUCAUUCCGCGGUUGAGGAAACCCUACCGAAAGAGCAAUCCGUCGCCCAUGAAGGUGGAAUUCGACGCGAGGGUCAAGUCGGAGGAAUUGAAGAAGCUUCAAGUCUCGACGCCGAAGCAGGUCAGUUUGGACCGAUACUUCAAGAGUCCCCCGAGUGGAGGAAGUGUCAGCCUCAGUCCGAGUUUACCUCCUCCGCAGCCCGCUCCCAUCAAAGACAAAGUGAAAAUGGCGCGUCCAAGGGACAUUCCUCCAGUUAGAACUCCUCCUGCGCCAAUUCCAGCGAAGGCUCCCAAUCUACCGGUUCCGAAGGCGCCAGUGAGAGUCGUCUCGAAUCUUCAAGUUCCGAAAGCACCAGUGAAAGUUGUCGCCAAUGUACCGAUGCCGAAAGCGCCAACCCAGUUAGUGAAGUGCAACUUGUGUGCUCGGACCUGCAAGGACAUCCGGAAGCACUACACUGCUUAUCACAAGAUUCGUUAUCCCGAGUCGGUGAUGGACGCUCCCUUUUUCAAGGCUGAUGCUCUCGAGAGUCCCGCGACUCCCGCAGUUGUUAAACGUGAACUGGCCUCGCCGCCGCAAGAGAUCCAAGGACUUUUGGCCAACAGAGCCCCGAAGAAGAGGAGACGAAGAUUCGCCUCGUUGACGAUGCGGAAGAGACGUCGGACUGAGAAGCCACGACAAGUCCCGGAUCCGGGGAUUGCGAGUCCAGUCGUUCAGAGUCCAGUGAUUCAGAGUCCAGUUGUCAAGAGUCCGGUGAUGAAGAGCCCGGAAAAGAAGAACUUUGGAGUUGAGAUUGCCAAACCGAAAAAGGUCGUUAGCCCCGUUAUGAGCGGCUACAAGUGUACGAUCUGCAGUGGUUAUUACGCGAGUCCGAAGAGCCUGAAAAUUCAUCGGCAGAAGCACAGAAUGAAGGGCGAGACUAAGGAGAAUAUUCAUCUUAUAAAGCACAACUACAAGAAUGGAUGGAAGGCGGCGCAGGAGAGGAAAGUGGACGUGUCGAGUUUUGACGAGUCUGCAGUUAGCAUGGAGAUGGAUAUCGAUGUGGGGAAUGAGUCUCGCACCUCCUACACGGAGAGUGUCAAUCAGUCGUCGAGUUCGGAGUCGAGGGACAGCAGCAGGAGAUCGACGAGGUCUAGUCUGAAUGCCUACAGUUUGAGCGAGACGACCUGCGAGUGCGGAAGGUCCUUCCGCGAUCCGCAUACUCUGUUUAUGCACAAAGAGAAGUGCAGAACGGCGCACAGAAUCGAGAGGGAGAAGUCGACGGUGACGAGGUCGAGCAGCGAUCGAGAUUCCGGAAUUGGCAUCAGUAUUACAAUCAAGAAGAAGAAUGACUCGUAUGAAAUUGUGAGCAGAGACAGUGGUGAUGAUGACAAGUCGAAGGAUUCCAGCACGUCCAAGGAUUUGGAUCAGAUGUCGAGGUCUUCGGACAAUUCUUCCAUUCCGGACUUUGGCGAGAGGACGUAUCCUGACCUGUUGCCGGCGCAGUGCAGUAAGGAUCACAGCGUCUUGAAGAUUCAGGAGAAUGGGGAAGAAAAGGGAAAGAGUGGAUCAUUUCAAUCAUUUCAACGGAGCAUUUCAAGAAAUAUCUUUCGACAAUGGCAGGUUAAACUCAAAGAGCGAUUAUUGCAGCCUCGAGAUCGUGAAUUAAUUUCACAAGCAGGUUUUCAAAAAAGCGAUUGGAACUUACGACAAUGGCAGGUUAAGCUCAAAGAGCAAUUAUUGCAGCCAUGGGAUCGUGAAAUAAUUUCAGUUGCCGAAGAUGAUGAGGACGUAGACAUUGAGGACGACAGUCAACUGAACGUGACCGAAUCCGAGCCCAUGAACCUGGUGGACCCAGUCGUAGAGGCUAAAUCGCAGCAGGAAAUCGAGAGCAGGACACCCGAUCCUCUCGAUGUCGACCUUUACAGAUGUGCGACCUGCCUCGAACUCUUCCAGAAGAAGGAAGACCUGACAAAGCACAUGACCACUCACGAGAAACGUCCCGCUCGUCAAGAGUGUCCCUGUGGAAAAACGUUCCGAGGAGCACAAACUUUUCUCACCCACGUCCAAGAGUACCAUCCUCUCUGGCUUCAGUGCGGCUACUGCGACGCGUCCUUUCUCAAUAGCAAGGAAUAUUCCUCGCACAGUUGCGACGUCAAUCAGGGCAAGGAUUUCCACGAUCUGCAGGAUGUGACCUGUCACUGUUGCCAGUCGAAAGUCAAGAUGGCCAAUUUUGACGCUCACGUGAAACGUGAACACUUGGUGCCCCAGGCGCCCUAUCUGUGCUACUACUGUAAAAUGCGAUUCUUCAAUGGCAUUCAGAGAAGAGCGCACUUGACCAAAGACCACAUCAGACCCUCGUGUCGAGUCUGCGGGAAAACCUUGCGCUUUGACUAUGCAGCCAAACACGAGGCUUAUCACGACGGGCUUGGUUAUCCCUGUCACAUUUGCAAGAAAGCCUUUACCACGGCAAAACUUGCAAACAGUCACAAAUUGGAGGUUCACGUGAGGGAGGAUGAGGAGUGCGAGAUUUGUCACAAGCUCAUCAGUCACCGACACAUGCGCUAUCAUGUGCGAAUGCACUCGAACCGGGACAGUUGUAAAGUUUGCAAGAAGGGCUUUACGAAUAAUCGCACCUUGCAGGAUCACAUUGAUCUGGUUCAUGGCAAUGAUUAUCCGUUUGUCAAGUGCAGCAAAUGCGAGCUCUCCUUCACUUCCGAGAGGUAUCUCAAGCGACAUUACACUCAGGAUGGAUGCAAGAGUAGUGCGAGUGUCGCGGAAAGUGGUGAGGCGGAGGAAAGCGAUGAGGCCGAGAGUAAGGAGAGUGAGUCGGAGGAUGUGGACGUUACAGAAGAGGAGAAGGAAGUCAAGGAGGUGAAGGAGCCGUCGGAAAAAGAUGCCGCGGAGAAGAAAGCUUUGGAGGAGGAAAAGGAAAAGGAAACUGAUGAGGUGAAUGUAACUUCAGACGAGAAAGAGGCGGAAGAAGUGGAAAAAGCUGGUGGGCCGGACACUGAUGUCACCGAAACUGGUGAGCUCAAUGUAACUUCAGAUAAGAAAGAAACGGACAAAUCUGAUUUGGCGGAAACUGAUGAGUUGAAUGUAACGUCAGAAGGAAAAGAGGUGGAACUGGAAAAAUCUGAUUUGGUAGAAGCUGAAACAAAAAAAAUUGAGGAUAAAGAAGUGGAGAUGAUGGAAACUGAUGAGAGCCCAAUUAAGGAAGCUGAUGAGCAAAUUUCGCCGGAUAAUCCGUCUUUGGAGAAGGAGGGAACUUUGGAGUCGAAGGAAAAUUUGGAGACAGAGGACGAGAAGACGGAGAGCCAAGCAAAUUUGGAAAAGGAAAUUGGUGAGACGAAAGAAACGGCUGACAAAGAGAUUCCGACAGAAGGAAUUCUAAAUGAGAAACAGGUUGAGUCGUAAAUUUUCUUUAGUUUGAAAAUCGAGGAUAUUGGAUAAUGUAGACAUUCAUUAUUAAUUUAGACUGACAUCUAUUUUUAUUCAUUUAUUUAUUUUUUCUGAACGAACAAACUUUAUGAUUGGAAAAAAACGUCUCAAAGAGAACU